AUGCACAAGAUCUCCAACUUCACCGGCUCCGUACGUCAUGGCUGGGAGAACAAGAUGACGCCCUCGAUGGGCUUCGGACGACAGCAGGAUGGACCGAUGAUACCGCCCAACAAGCGUGUCAUGCCCGGAGCCGCAUCGAUGAGCCCAAAUCCCGCCUUGCCUGGUCAUCCGGUCAAUCUGUCCUUCAACGUGCCCUUCCACUCGAAUCUCCCCGGUCCGGACAAGGAGGAUGUUUUGUACAGCAGUACGGGUGCUUAUCAGAAAUGGAUACAUCCCGAUGGAGCUGCGGAGGACACGCCAAAUCAUGCUCUGCCUAUACACACCCGGAACGUGGAGACUCUACGCAGCUUGUGUAAGCAGCUGAGUGAGGGCAGCGGAGAGCGAGUCAACGCUACGGUGACCUCGUCCAAGCCGAAGCCUGUGCCUGGUAUGCAGCGAGGUCCUCUCACGGCUUUGGUCACGAACGUGUGCAUCUCCGGUGAUGCCGAGAUUGUUCACAAGAUGCGUGCCAAGAUCUUGAAUGAGACUCCGAUCACUCUGCGCUGCGAGACUGUCGACAUCGACCGCGAAAUCGUCUUUCCGAAAGGCCAGGAGGGUGCACGAGCCGAUAUACUCAAUCAUAUGGACGACAUUGCCGAUCAGACCAAAGCUGACAUCUUCCUCCUCGAGUCCAAGGCAAAGAGAAAGGAUUCGGAUUCAGUCAGCUUCACUGGUGGCAUGGAGAAGAGCAUGGAUCACAGGCUACGUCUGCACGUAUACGGAGACAAUGAAAGCUCGGAAAAUGCAAAGACGCGACUCUUGAUCAUGAUUGAUCAGAUUCUGCAACGCCAGGUCGACACUAUCCGACUGGAGCUCUCUUUGCACAGCUUAGUCGCUGGACGUCACAGGAGGAACAUCAAGAUGAUCGAGUCUGCUACGGGGACGGCGAUCUACUUCCCGCCAAUGUUUCCUACGGUCUUUGGAUAUACUCCGCCAGGCUCCGUGCCACUUCGUGCACGCGACGAGAUCAUCAUCACCGGAGAUCACAUGGAUAAUAUCCUUCAGGCCAAGAAGAGACUCCACGACUUGGUUCUGAACUGCAAGACUUUCGUGAAGGAUGUACAAAUCACAACCAGCAAGGUGGACUACAUUCUGCUGGAGCGAUUGGACAAGAUCCGCAAGAUCAUCGAAGCUAACGGCUCAUACGUGCUGUUGCCUCCUCUUGGGAACCACAGCGGUGUACUUCGUGUACAGGCUACCGACAUUUUGAAUGUUGAACGUACCGUCCGCGAGAUUAUGGGCCUCGCCGGUCAGUUCUACAGUGCUUCGUGGUGGGUGACACACCCGGACCCGUCCCAGCGUCAGCCGACGCCUUCGGACAUCCGUGCCAUGCUUCCGGACAUCUGCAUCAACUCCGGAUCCGAGAUCACUUUCGAGAAGCUCAACUUCCACAUCAAUGGCAGCGAUGAUGCGGUCAAGGCGGCCAUGUCAAUCAUCAACACCCUGCCGUUCGUCAAGAAAGCUCAAUCGACUCUUCGUGUCAAGGUCGAGCUUGCCAACGAGCACAAGGAGUUUGUCAGCGGCAAGAAGAAUGGCAAGAUCAACAAGAUCAUGAGUCAAAGCAACGUUCAGAUCGUGUUUGACGGCUUCAACGAGUACAACUUCUAUAUCGACGUUCGUGGCGCACAAUACGAGGCGACGAAGAAUGGGCUGGACCUGGUGGAGUUGGAGAUGCCGGCCUCUAUCUCGUUCCAUGUCCCGGACCAGUACCACAAGCGCAUCAUCGGCAUCGGUGGACAGCACAUCCAGCGUAUCAUGAAGAAGUACUCCGUCUUCGUCAAGUUCUCCAACGCCAUGGAUCGCGGAGGCAUUGGCAAGGACGAUGAUGACAUCAAGGUCGACAAUGUUAUCUGCCGCACUCCGGCGCGCAAUGCUGACAAUCUCGAGCUGGUAAAGCAAGAGAUCAUGGACAUGGUCGAGAAGGUGGACGCUGAGUUCGUGUCUGAGCACAUCCCUGUUGAUCGUCUUUACCACCGCGAGUUGAUCUCACGCAUGCAAGAGAUUGAGGAGUUGGAGAAGAAGUGGAACUGCAAGAUCACUUUCCCAGGCACCGAGCAGGCAAGCGACAUCAUCACUGUGUCUGGUCCGGAAUACCAGGUACCCCAGGCUGUCGAUGAGUUCCUCGGCAUGGUGCCAGAGACUCACGACAUUGAAUUCCCUUCGAACGAGGAAUUACACACUUUCCUGAAGUCAAAUGAAUUCCGCCUGGACACUGCCCAGAAGCUCAAGGACCAAUACGUCGUCGAAGUGGCUGUCAAUGAGUCGAAGGUGCAGAAGGUUGAUGAUCAGGACGUGACCUUCGAGCGUCUGGUCCUCAGCUAUACCCGCAACAACGCUGGUGGCUUGAAGGACGCCAUCGACUUCCUGCUCUUGCCUCUCAUGUCUCGUGGUCUCGAUCAGACCACUGUCAAGGGCGCCAUCCCUCGGCCGAAGUCUGACUCCUUCGAAGACAACAUGCCGUUCUUCGAGUCCAAGCUUCUUCAGCGUGCCGAACCUCCUGUCACGACCGAAUCGCCAACUCGCACGACCUUUGGCGAUGACAGCACCAGUCGUUCCCUGUUCGACAAGCUCCGCAAGCCAGGCAGCAUGUCAUCCUUCACCUCGUUCAUGGAACGCCGUCGCAAGAACGGGUCGGCUUCUCCAGCUUCCCUCUUCAUGCACGCCUCGAACAAUGCUUCCAAGGCCUCACUCGUAAGCAUGGAGUCCCGCGACUCCGGCUAUCGCAAUCCAUGGAACGACUCCGGCAUCGACCUCGAGCAUGACCAACAGCCCGGCGGUCACGCCCACGCUAACAGCUGGGGCUCAUUCACCGGCGCCGGUGCCAGCUCCAGCAGCCGCCCCAACACCUCCUCCAACUCCCUUUCUGGGGCCUACGACCCCAAAUUCCCCUUUGGCGCCAACGGUAACGCGUCCACGAGUUCUCUUAACACCCCUAUGAUACCCGGUCUCGGCAUGGUCAACGGUAACCGGGGCGACACGGUGGCAGGCGCCAGCAACGGCGACGUGACACCCAAGUACGAAGCCCACAAAGACGGUUUCGGAAAGGCCUCCCUCACGCCCGCUGAAGGCUUGCAAGCGCCUAUCUCUCGCCCCAAGUCUGUUGGCAACGCCAAGGCUACCUCCGCUGCUGGAAACAGUGGCGCUGCUACUACAUCUACGACUUCUGCUGCGAGAUCAUCCGCUGCUACUACAGGAUACCCGGCCCCGAUUGGGCCUCCGCAUUGA